CAUCCUCAUCUGUCAGGACAUAGCAUUUACUAAGAAGGGUUUUAAUUGGAUUUGAAUUAGAAUGCAAGUCUGUUUAAUGUAGAAAAAAAUAGUAAUUUAAUUAUGGUGCCAUAAGAUGCUUUAAGAGCGGUGCCGAUUAACAAAACUGAUGUCGAUCCACACUGUCUGGCAUGAAAUGCUUGAAUGUUAUCUCUGAAUAGUUUAAGCGUGUUCUGGAUGAAGUCUGUUGACUCGUUAGCGUGUGCAUUGGAAAUGGCGGUGAUUAUGUGUGAGUCAGGAAUGCUGGGUAAUCAGACGUUUAGGGCUGAGGGGGAGGUGAACUGAACACAACACCACCUGCACCCUUCAGGUAAAUGAGGAACAGAGGAAGAGGAGGUGGCCGGGAGCUCUGGGGAGAGAUGCUCGGCUGUCAGGAGGCACGAGGGUAAUUAACCUGCAGAGACCUGAUCAUGGAAACUUCUGCGGCUCGGAUCCUUGGGCUGCGUGUGCGGUCGAGCGCCGCUGCUCAAACACGGCUUGUUUACAUGCCGCAUUACGACUCGCAUGCAGCGGGAGCAAGAAAAACCAAUGUGAACCAUUCUGACGUACAUGUUUUCUUACAUUAAUGAAUACUGAAUGCAGGAGGAACGCUAGCAGCGAGCCGUUGCUGUUGAGCGUGAGCGGAGAGACGCCUGCCGAGGGGAUUAAAUAUUAACUACAUUUAUUGCUUUGGGAACAAGCAGCGAUCUCCACACAUUGACCUGCCCAGAACACACAGAGCCCGUCCACAUCAGCGCUGUGUGUCUAUGCAAGCACGAUCACACCCUGCCGAGGACAGGAAGUGACCCAAGACAGAUAACAAAACAUUAUCUUUAAUUCUGUUUAGUUUAGAAUUCUCAGGGGCGCCAUGCAGACCCCAGAGGCAGGCGCGGACUCCUCGUCCAACGUGCCGCUCCAGACCAGCGUGCCUGCGGUCAGUGCCCAGCAGGUGGCGUCUCAGGUGCCUGUCCAGCAACAGGCGCAGACUGUUCAACAGGUCCAGCAUGUGUAUCAAGCACAGGUGCAGUACGUUCAGGAGGAAAACAAUGCCGUUUACACCAACGGAACCAUACGGACGUAUUCAUACUCAGAACCGCAGCUGUACAACCAGAACAGCGGCGGGAACUACUUCGAUACGCAGGGCGCCUCGGCUCAGGUGAGCACUCACAGUAUGGCCAACAACGGCAACGGGAACGGCGCUCUGGCCAUGGGGCUGUCAGGAGGCCAGAUCAUCAGCAGCUCAGGAGCGUAUCUGAUUGGAGGAAACUCCAUGGAUGGCUCCGCCCCUCACAGUGCGGCUCAGACCACUAGAGCCUCCCCCGCCACGAUUGAAAUGGCGAUUGAGACGCUCCAAAAGUCUGAAGGUUUGUCCAGUCAGAGAAGUUCGCUGCUCAACAGUCAUCUGCAGUGGCUCCUGGAUAACUACGAGACAGCAGAAGGCGUGAGUCUGCCGCGCUCCACCCUCUACAAUCACUACCUGCGCCACUGUCAGGAGCAGAAGCUGGACCCGGUCAAUGCUGCGUCAUUCGGGAAGCUCAUCCGCUCCAUCUUCAUGGGGCUGCGCACCCGCCGCUUGGGCACCCGAGGGAACUCUAAAUAUCACUAUUACGGGAUUCGCGUGAAGCCGGACUCUCCUCUGAACCGGCUGCAGGAGGACAUGCAGUACAUGGCACUGAGACAGCAGCCCGUCCAACAGAAGCAGAGAUUCAAGCCAGUACAGAAGUUGGAUGGCGUUUCGGGGGAGAACUUCUCCAGCGGGGGGCAGCACACGCCCAACGCUGCAGAGCAGACCUUCAUCGCUCAAAGCCAGCACCAUCAGCAGUUCCUGGACGGGUCCAGAGCUCUGCCAGAGUUCGUCGAACUUGACCUCGGAGAGCCCUUGGAAGGCGUCGGAGCUGAAGACGUCAGAGCCCUUCAGACGCUGUACAGAGAGCACUGCGAGGCCAUUUUGGACGUAGUGGUGAACCUCCAGUUCAAUCUCAUUGAGAACCUGUGGCAGACCUUCUGGCGCUAUUCUCCAUCCAGCUCCGUCGAGGGCGUCACCAUCACAGAAAACAGUGGCAUGAGCGAGAUCGAGGGCCGCCUGCCGCGGAGCACACUGACUCUUCUCUGCCGAAACGAGGCGGUGCUGAAGUGGAUGAACACCUGCGAUCACCUGAUGUAUCAGGCCCUUGUGGAGAUCCUCAUCCCUGACGUUCUGAGACCCAUUCCUAGUGCCUUGACUCAAGCCAUCCGUAACUUUGCCAAAAGCCUUGAGGGCUGGCUCACCAACGCCAUGAGCAGCAUCCCCCAGAGGAUGAUCCAGACCAAGGUUUCCGCUGUUAGUGCCUUCGCUCAGACGCUCCGCAGAUACACGUCUCUGAAUCAUCUGGCGCAGGCGGCCCGUGCAGUGCUGCAGAACACCUCUCAGAUCAACCAGAUGCUCAGCGAUCUCAACCGGGUUGACUUCGCCAACGUACAGGAGCAGGCCUCGUGGGUGUGCCAGUGUGAAGAGGGCGUAGUUCAACGCCUCGAGCAGGACUUCAAGGCCACCCUCCAGCAGCAGAGCUCCUUGGAACAGUGGGCAGCUUGGCUGGACAACGUGGUCACUCAAAUGCUCAAGCCGUACGAGGAUAAACCCAGCCUCCCCAAAGCUGCACGCCAGUUCCUGCUCAAGUGGUCCUUCUACAGCUCUAUGGUCAUCAGAGACUUGACCCUCCGCAGCGCGGCGAGUUUCGGCUCUUUCCACCUGAUCCGGCUGCUGUACGACGAGUACAUGUUCUAUCUGGUGGAGCACCGCGUCGCACAGGCCACGGGAGAGACGCCCAUCGGAGUCAUGGGAGAGGUACAGACCGUCUGUGUAGCUCAGCGUGAGCCGGAAAGAGCCACGAAGCCAGUCUUUCUCUCUAAUCACCAUUUCUUUGUGCAGUUUCAGGACCUGAAUACCAUGUCACCUGCCAACAUCGACAAAGACGAGGUGAGCGAGAUGGACAGUGAUCUGGACGAGGAGAUGGAGGAGUCUGACGAGCCUCUGGCCAAGCGGGAGAAAGCGGAGACGGAGGUCAUCCAGGUGCUGCAGGUGGGAGCGAUGGAGGACGGCAGCAGCGCGGUGGUGAGCGUGGUUCAACCCAGCAUGCUCAGCGCUCUACCCUCGACCGAGCACAUCCUCAGCUCGAGCGGAACCAGCACCAUCCGUCACUGCGGCAGCCUGGGAAACACCUACGCCUCGGUCUGAACGCCCGUCCGUUUCGCUCUCAUCUCUCAUCUCUUUCAGUACCAUCCGUCUCCAAGACAUCCGUUCUUGAAAGCUCCCACGAGCUGUUAAAUCAACUCUAUGAUGUGACGAGAUGCUGAUUGUAAAGUUUAAAGCCCUGAUGUUAAUAGAAAACAUUCCUGGAUGACCCAGAACUCAAAUCCAAGCCACUAGUUCCACCAGCCUAGUCGAUAUUCAUCACUUCUCGAUUACUGUACUGGAUAUUGUUUACAGUUUUGUUUAGAGCGUGUAAUCGGCCAAAUGUUGCUUGCUGUUUGGUUAGGGAGUGGAAAGUCUCGCUGGGUAACUGCUGCUAUAAUCGAAGCAGGCUAGACGGCUCGUACCGAACGUAACGAGCUUGCCUUUUCACCUUACGUCAAUGCAGUCCGAGUUUUUCCAAUUGCCUUCUGUUUGUAGAUUUAAUCGUUUGGUAGCUAUAAAGGAGUUGCUGUUUUUUUUGUCAUUGUACAGAUAUGCUGCAUGUGCGAAUUGUGUUGAGUUUUUCUUUUACCGACUGGACCAAAAACACAAGUGUGAGAGGCGACAGGGCCGUUUCGAAGCUUCGUUGCUUCUCGCGCCGGUGCGAUGUUGCAGAACAGAGCGAAUGUCAGGGAUUUUAUGUACCUCGGGUUCAUCUUAGUGCCUUAACCCAAACAACAGCUUUUCAUUUCGUCUGAACCGGUGAAGCCACACCGAGGAGGCCGUUCGUGUUUGUACUGAAAACCACACCGCCGGAGAAUAUUCAUAGUGGACAUCUGCCGCCCGAUUCGUGACGGUGGACACGUGGCUGGAUUUGUGAUCUGACACCGAGCACCUACAUCAAAAUUCAGGGUCAUGGUUUGCUAAAACGUGUCUGUGGCUCCCUAACUAACGUCAACGUUCGUUCCUUCGCCUCUGGAAUCGGGUGAAGUUAUAUGUGUGAAAGCGUGGAUUUGGUCGAGUUGUUUCGUCGUGGUGUGUUUUGCGUCGCCCUACCUCACGCCGGCGCUGCCGGUCUUAAUCACAAGUCCUGAUGGGAUUGUGUCUCGUCUUUGCUGACCCACAUGUUCUUGUUUUAAGUUCACAUCGGCUGCCUCCACAUCACGAUUGGUGGACCAAAAGCUGAUAAAGAGUUAAAACAUUGGGUCCCGUUCACAAACAAGCAGAUCUCAGUAUGAAAACAUUUACGUUAAUUGUACGACUGACAAACCAUUUGUUUCAUGUACGAGACUUUUGAUUUUAUAAUUUUUUUGUAAUGUGCAUGAAUAGAUGAUGAGUUUAGGAAUCUGUUUAGUUUGCUGUUUAAUUACUGUGAAUGGGAAAUGUUAACCCUCUUCUGGAGACCACAGCAUAUGUUCGUAAAGUUCAGGAUCACGUCGGCUGUUUGGUUUCAGACUCACUUAUGGAUAAUUUUUGUACUGCUGUACUAUUGUGGAAAACACUGGAAAAUUGUAGUUUUAUUUUCUUCACUACUGAUGUUAUUUUCAACGAGUGACUGUGUGCGCCGAAGCGGUUCCAUGUAUGUUUUAUGCAUCUUUUUAAUCGGAACGUAUUAUGAAUCUUAAUUUUAAUGACCAUUUUAAACACCAUCAACUGAAGAGAUCUUACGCGUCCAACUUUCUGAUAAUCGUGAUGUUGAUUUAUAUUUACGUGUGCAAUCUGUGAAAGUCACCUUUUUAAGCGUAACGACGAGCGAGCUACUAAAGAUUUUCUACAGCUGGAGAAUCGUUUCUGAGAUUACGUAAUUUGCUCGUUAUGGUUUUUGUACUCGCGUAUAGAAGAGAGUUUUAGUUCAGGUGGUUUUCUCACAGAAGUCUGUGUUUCUUCUGUCCUCGUGCCUGGACUACAGACAGCUCUUCACUCUUGGAUAGUUCGGUAGAUGUGUUGAUGACACUACGCAAAGUGCUUUCGGUCUUGCAUGCCUUUUCUCGUGCUGCUAGAAUAUCAUGAGUUCGCUUUCGGACACCGUGCCAGAAAGUAUAGAACAGUUCAGUGCGUUCAUUUCAAACCACAUGCCUGUUUCUACUCAAACUCUGCCAAAACGCGGUUCAUGUUUUCUUUUGCCUUUGCUUUGCUUUGUCGUGGUUUUAUUUCCUUUUCUGAACAAGACACUAAAAUUUAAAUGGAAAUCCUCUAUGGACCUUACUCUGGAUCUCAAUGCAAAGAAACCUGCCCUUCUUUUGAUAUCAACAUAUCAACCCCUGAGGAGCGUGAAGACAGCUUCACUGACUAGAGACUUCAGUGCCUUUGAUUUCACCAAGACCUCCAGUACAAGCCAACGCACGGACGGACGUCUCCCAGAACUCACCUCUGACACAUAUGCAGUUUCAAGGCACCCAAACUGAUUCACCUGCUGAUGAGAUGAUGACCUGAACAGAACUAUAUUGGGACUCCACCAAUACGAGCACUGCACUAUCAGUGUCAUCAUGAGGUGUUUCUGUUUCGUUUCGGUUUCUUUCUAUCGUGACAUGCUUGGUUUCUAUGUGGUCUUAUUUCGGGGGUUUUUCGGGAUAUAUUUAAGUGCCAUCUGACUGUUUACGUAGUGAGUCGUGGCCUGCUGUAGCGCGUUCGAAUGCAAGCACAAGCAUACUCUGAGAAAACUCAGAACUGAAGUCCUAGAUGUAAAUAUUCAGAUGAAAUGGAAGGAUAUUUAUUUACAGUCCCUUACUUCGAGCAGUUUAAUGACAGAUAUGCUUUGAAAGUGUAAAUUGUGUUAUCCCCCCCCUCUCUCUCUCGCUCUCUCUUUAUCGUUUUUGGAUGAUGUAUCUUACAUAUACAGUACAUAUGUAUUUUUUUUUUUCCUUUUCUUUUUUUGUGUGUUGUUCCAAUUUACCUCUUAGUAAAUUAUAUCCUCUGAAAAUUGGUAAAAGCUGACUAAUAUGUGUAGAGUGAUUUGUAUUGUGUAUUUUACAUGAAGGAUAACAAACCGGGGAACUUUUAUAUUUAUAAAAUGAUAUAUUAACAUUUAGUGUGUCGAUAUGAGGGAAAUAUAGGAAUUAUCCGAGACACAUGUAGUUUGUUUUUUCUGAAUAUUUCAGACUCGAGCUCAGGCUAGCUUAUUAGUGUCGUUUUCUUAAAUCUGUGGCUUGUCUUUCAAUUAAUAAACCUUUUCUUGUUGAAACGA